AUGUUAAAUAGUUCACUUAAUUUUAGGCAAUUUAGUAAUAUAAUUGCAUCCAGGAUUUUAGAUGGCAUAUUUAUUGGAAAUUAUGUCCCUUUAGAAGUUUAUUAUAUUAUCUAUGGUAGGAAUAAUAAUAUAUGAAAAUAAAUCAAAUAACUCAUGUAGUUAAUUGUGCAGCUGGAGAAAUUAAAGUACCAGAUAAUUUAAAGGAAUUAAAAUAUUAUUGGAAGGAUGAGGAUUCUUAAGUAUAAAUUUAUUCUAGCUAGAUUAUAGUCACUCUAGAAAAUAUAAGAGAAAUUUAGGGAUUUGUUGAAAAAGCCUUAAAUAGAGGUGAAAGUGUAUUAUUUUGUUGUGUAAGUGGUUAAAGUCGAUCACUAACAGCUCUAGUGAGUUAUCUUAUGUUUAGGUAAUCAUUUCAAUUUAUAGUAUUAGAUUUAAAUGGAGUUUAUUUAAAGCUCUCCAAUACAUCAACAUAUUAAAAAAGGAAUUCGAAAUUAGAGCAUCAUUUUUGAAGCAGCUCAUUGAUUUUGAGAAAGUUGAAAUGAGUGAGACAGUAAUAAGUAGAAAUUGGAAUAAAACACCAGAGGAUUAAGAGGAAGCACUCUUGUAAAAUACUUACUUAAAUUCUGUACAAAAAUCAAAUGAUGAUAAAUUCAUGACCACCACUAUACCAAAAUCUUAAAAUUAUAGUAGAAAAAGAGUUUCUUGGUCAAGAUAUGAGAUUAAUUUAGGUACUACAGAGGUUUGCUUCAAUUAUUCAAAAGGAAAGAAGAUUUUUAAAUCAAUUUUAAAAUCCAGUUAAUUAAAAACAUCUGAUAAGAAUAAUACUUUAUCAAAAGUUUAUACAAACCUUUUAAAUCAAAAGACUAAAGGUAAAGUAGAAGAAUUGUUUAAAAGAAAAAAUAGUUAACAAAAUAGAAAUAUUUAAUCAAGAACUCUAACACCUCUUAAUAAAAGAAAAAACAUUGAUUUAAUUACUCCAAAUUAAAAUAUGAGAAAAUUUUUAGAAAUUGAACUCUAGUCUAAAUAAUUCUAAUCGAAAGUUCGGUCAUAAUCUAAUACACCUAGAUGUAAUCAAAGUUCUAGAAACUAAAAUGCUUCAUAAAUUUCAGCUGAUUUUGAAUUGGAAUCAUCCAAAAAACCUCCUCGUUUAAUACGUAGGGCUUAAUUUAAAUUAUUCUAAUUAUUGUGA